CAGCUUCCGUCUUGGAUAGACAUAUCCUCGUUUGCCGAUGAAGAACUGUUCUCUUUGUUCGACAAAUCCGAGCGGAGGCUCUCUGAAUCAACAUAUUUCAUCUGCACGUCAGUUCGUCAGAUUGCUUCUGACGCCGUGAUGAAGUCAGGGAUACAGGACUCUGAGCCGCUCACAAUGGACCUUGUCCGCGCGUCAUCCCACAUCCCUGUCCCUGCCGUACUACGUGUUCUAAGAGCGGGUAGCCGCCAAGCCGUCGUGAUGGAAUAUAUCACUGGGGAAACUGUGGAAAACUGCUGGGGGAAACUGGGCCUUUGGCAACGUCUUCGCGUGGUCUGGUCAAUUCGCAGCUACAUUCAGCAGCUCCGGCGCAUCCUCGUGUCUAAUACGCACCAGGGAACACACUUUCCUGGUCCUAUAGGGGACGAGCCGCGGCUGUGCUAUGCCAGUUUCCUCGUCACCCUAAGUAUGGCUAAUUUGUUUCUCAAGGGAGGGGGUCCGUUUCACUCCUACGAUGAGCUCACACAAUGGUUCAAUCAUAAAGUAGAAGCAACCCGACGUUUCAGUGGAGCUCUUCCACCUGAACUUUCCUUCGACUCCUCUUUCCCUCUCGUACUCACGCACUUUGACAUAUCUCCUCGCAACGUUAUUGUCGACGACAACUCCCGCGUAUGGUUGAUUGACUGGGAGCAUGCGGGCUUUUACCCUCAAUGGUUUGAGUAUAGCGCCCUUUAUAAUGGCUGGACGUUAGGCGGCCGGUGGAAACGUUGGAUGGUUGGAUUCAUGGCAGGGUUCUAUGAACGUCAAGCGAACUUCAUUUCCAAAAUAGGGUGGGCUAUUCACACAGGCCAUUUUGUGUAG